UGUUUCUCCACCUCUACCGCUUGCUGUGUGUGUGAACUUUACAGAAUUUAAUUAAGAAAACGAGUGAAGAAAAGUGUGGAACUAAAUAGCGCAAAUGGUAUCGGGAUCGGGAUCGACGUUCCACUAAAUUUUCGGCACCUCGAGAUGCGUAGCAAGUGCGAAAGUGUGAACGCAACGCGUGUGCAGUGCAGGGCAAAUCGAAAUCGCAGCAAGGCAAAUAACAGCAGCAGCAGGCGUGAAGAAAGCGACGCAUGAGGGAAAAAUGCAUACAGCUGCGAAAACCAAAAGCCAGCCGCGCUGAUAAACAAGCAAGCACUAAUUAAAUUCCAAAUACCUUAAACCCAGCAGAGUUGGCUACUUGGAGCUGCUGCAGACGAGGAGGACGCAGAGCGCAGGACCACUGAGUUGUGAGCUGGGCUAGAGCAUGAGAGACAGCCAUGCCUUCGGCACGACCUGGUAGUCUCAAGGAUCCGGAAAUAGCCGAUCUGUUUAACAAGCAUGACCCGGAGAAGAUCUUCGAGGAUCUGCGCGAAAUCGGCCAUGGGUCGUUCGGUGCGGUCUACUAUGCCCGCUGCAAUCUCACCAAGGAGAUUGUGGCCAUCAAAAAGAUGUCCUACACCGGCAAGCAGAGCCAGGAGAAGUGGCAGGACAUUCUCAAAGAGAUACGCUUCCUUCGCCAAUUGAACCACCCGAACACCAUCGAAUACAAGGGUUGCUAUCUGCGCGAAUCGACCGCCUGGCUGGUGAUGGAGUACUGCGUGGGCUCCGCCUCGGACAUCAUCGAGGUGCACAAGAAGCCGCUGCACGAGGACGAGAUUGCCGCCAUCUGUUUGGGCGUGCUCAGCGGUUUGAGCUAUCUGCAUUCGCUGGGGCGCAUCCAUCGCGACAUCAAAGCGGGCAACAUUUUGCUCACGGACAAUGGCGUCGUCAAGUUGGCCGACUUCGGUAGCGCCGCCAUCAAGUGCCCGGCCAACAGCUUUGUCGGCACGCCCUACUGGAUGGCCCCCGAGGUGAUCCUGGCCAUGGACGAGGGCCAGUACGACGGCAAGGUGGAUGUGUGGUCGCUGGGCAUCACCUGCAUCGAGCUGGCGGAGCGCAAGCCGCCCUACUUCAACAUGAACGCCAUGUCGGCGCUCUAUCACAUUGCGCAGAACGAGUCGCCGAUUCUUCCGAAGAACGACUGGUCGGACGCGUUCUGCAGCUUUGUCGAACUGUGCCUCAAAAAGAUGCCAGCGGAACGACCUUCGUCGGCCAAGCUGCUGACCCACGCGUACGUGACCCGACCACGUUCCGACACCGUGCUCCUCGAGCUGAUCGCGCGCACCAAGUCGGCGGUGCGCGAGCUGGACAACCUUAACUACCGCAAGAUGAAGAAGAUACUCAUGGUGGACACCUGCGAGACGGAGAGCGCCGUGGGCGAUGCCGACGAUCAGCAGGACGACCAUGCCGGCGGCGAUAGCAGCAAGAGCAAUAGUAUUACUUCGGAACACUCCAUACACUCGGUGGGUGUAUCAGCGGCCAGUAGUCAGAGCUCGUCAUCCAAUUCCAUACCGGCUGCGGCCCAGAAUCAUCACCAUAUCGCUGCGCACCACCACCAGCAGGCGGCUAGCGCCGCUGUGGCGGCGGCAAUGCACCACCACCAUCAUCCGCACCAGCAGCAGCCGCCGCCCAGCUGGCCGAGCGGUAAUCCGCAACAGGUUGGACAGGGAGCGAUUCCACCCGGGGCCGUGUCGCGCAACUCGUCGCGGCAUCGCAACCGGCCGCCGCUGCCGAACAUAAUGCACAGCAUGAACAACAAUGUGACGCCCACAAACUCGGCCUCGGUGGUGCCUGCUCCGGCGCCCGCUCCGGUUCCACCGCCGCCGCUUUCCGUUCUACCGCACCUGGGUGCAAUGGGCCACGGUGGCGGAGGAACCGGAACCGGCGGCAGCGGCGGUGGAGGCUCCCCAGCCUCCGGUGGACCACUGGCGGAUCGAAUGCAGCCCAUCCAGCCGCGAUAUCUGACAACGCCCGCCGCCCAAGCGGCCGUCUAUGCCGCCAGCUCGGCGUCCUCGCAACAGGCCAUCUCCAAUGCGGUCAACGACCACGGGCCGAACAACUUUGCCACCAUACGCACCACCAGUAUCGUGACCAAGCAGCAGAAGGAGCACAUGCAGGAGGAGAUGCACGAGCAAAUGUCCGGUUACAAGCGGAUGCGACGCGAGCACCAGGCGCACCUGUUCAAGCUGGAGGAGAAGUGCAAGGUGGACAUGGAGGCGCACAAGGCGGCCCUGGACAAGGAGUAUGAAACGCUGCUGCACAACUUCACCAGGGACCUCGAACGGCUGCAGACGAAGCACCAGCAGGACGUGGAGAGACGGUCGAAGCAGACGAGCGCCGCCGAGAAGAAACUACACAAAGAGAUUACGCUGAAACAGGAGGCCGACCGCAAGGUGUACGACUUGAAUCGCAAGAAGGAGUACAAGGCGAACAAGGAGCGCUGGAAGCGAGAGCUCUCAAUGGACGAGACGACGCCCAAGCGGCAGCGCGACCUAACGCUCCAGUCGCAAAAGGACAACCUUAAGCAGCACGAGGCGCAGGAGGAGCAGCGCAUGAUCCAGGCGCAGAAGCAGUACAUCGAUCUGGAGAUGCGCAAGUUCAAGCGCAAGCGCAUGAUCAUGCAGCACGAGCACGAAGAUCAGCAGAUGCGUGAUGAGUUGGCAAAGAAGGAGCAACAACUGCAGCAGGCGCACACCAUGCUCCUUAAGCACCACGAAAAGACACAGGAGCUGGAGUACCGCCAGCAGAAGAGCGUUCACCAGUUGCGCGAAGAGCAGAUUAACAAGCAACACGAUACGGAGUUGCACAAUCAAAAAGACUACAUGGACCGCAUCAAGAAGGAGCUGGUGCGCAAGCAUGCGGUCGAACUAAGGCAACAGCCCAAGAGCUUGAAGCAAAAGGAGCUCCAGAUACGCAAACAGUUCCGGGAAACAUGCAAGACGCAGACGAAGCAAUACAAGCGCUACAAGGCGCAAGUGCUGCAGACGACACCAAAGGAGCAACAGAAGGAGGUCAUCAAGCAGCUGAAAGAGGAGAAGCAUCGCAAGCUGACGCUGCUGGGUGAACAGUACGAGCAAAGCAUUGCGGAUAUGUUCCAAAGUCAGAGCUACAAACUAGACGAAAGCCAAGUGAUCGAGUGCCAACGUACCCACGAGCAGCUGGAGUACGAGCUGGAGAUGCUCACUGCCUACCAGAACAAGAACAAGAAGCAGGCGCAGGAGCAGCGGGAUCGCGAGCGGCGGGAGCUCGAGAACCGGGUCAGCGUGCGACGAGGACUGCUCGAGAAUAAGAUGGAUGCCGAGUUGCACCAGUUUAACCAGGGACGAGAGGAGCGCUUGCGCUUGAAACACGAGAAGCAUACUAAAGAAUUGGACGCAUUUGAUAAUGAAUCAAUUGCCCUAGGUUUCAGCACUUUAUCACUAACUGAGGUCUCUCGUGAAGUCUAUGAUGUUGAGGAGGGAAGUCUGUCUGGUUCAAUAAUUAGUUUAGCCCAUAGCAAUAGUUCAACAAGUUUUCCGGCUGGUUCGCUAUAGCAUAGACAACAACAACAACAACAACAAGGCCAACCACAACAACAAGUGUUUAGUAAUAUGAACUACUUCAAUUUUAAUGGAAACUAUAAAGCCAACAGUACGACAGCAACAGCAACUAAAACUCGACAAAAGCAGCAGCUGAAACAUCAACAAUAGCAGAAAAAGUCCUGUCUAGCAAUGUUUUUGUAGGAACUUAAACAGCAAUUAACACGAUUGGUUGCAUCAAGCGAAAAAUAAUUCAUGAAAACCCAAGUAUUUUCUAAAAGUUACAACAAGCAUAAGCUGCAAUAGUUUUGUAUUAAAGAAAUUCGACCGGAGAAGGCAACAAGAUACUAACAUUUGAAACCAAUUUAAUACAAGAUCAAUCAAAAACAAAGAAAAAACAAACAUAAAUAAAUAAUUAUAUAUGUAAGCGUAAAUGUCAUACACAAACAAUAACACAACAAAAACAAACAUACAAACAAACAAACAAACAAACAAGCAAACAAAGAUCAACAUCAAUUAUUGAUAUGCAAAGUGUUUAAAUUUUACUUUUAAAUUCUAAUUUGAUAUUAUUACCGAGUAACUGAAUCAAUCGCAAUUUUGAUUUGUUAACCAUUUAUAUACUUGUGCUCUCGCGUUGCAAAAAUGUCACUAAAACAAUUAGGUGUGUAUUAUUUGUUAAAACUCGCGAAAAAUAGAACUUGCAGUUUGCCUUCGCAUUCGAGUUUGCGAGAUUUUUAAAUAUUAAUUUAAAUUGAUAGUCGAAAAAGAGAAGGGCUGCGCGAUCGCAGUUGCAGUUCCAGGCACACAUCGAUUGCCAUCUUUGCAUGUUGUUAGGUUCAACAUUUUCGAUUUACGUUAUGUUUUUUUAUUUUGACUCGUUUCAAAUAAAAGUAUUUUUGAAAAGAAAAAAUAAUACAUUUAUUUUUUAUUUGCUGUACAAUAAGUUUUAUCGCCAAAAUUAUUAUAAACCCAGCAAAUAUUAAAAUGCAAAAAGGAUUCAUUUUGUUUACAAUUAAUUUAGUUUUGUUUGUUAUAACAAAAAGGAUAUAAUAUAUAUAUAUAUAAAUUUAAAAUAAGCCUAUUUUAGAGUUAAUUAAUGCAAAUUGCAAAAUGCUUAGUCAAAACAAUAAAAAUUGUAUAGAAAAUUAAAGCAUAUAAACGUUUAAUUAUUUAAUGAUUUAUGUUUACGUGAAAAUAUUAUACUUUUUCCUGCAGUCGUAAAGUUGAUUCAAAGUAACGGAAACACCAUACACACACACAGACAAAAACACACACCCACAUCCAUGAGGGAAAUCCAAAAAAAAAAAAAAAAAAUAAAUAAAUAAAAUGCUCGGCAAAUGCAAUUGCGAAAAUAUGUAGCAAAUAAUAUUUUACUAAACAACAUAGAACGAAGAAAAAAAAUAACAAACAAACCAACCAUAUAUUUCCGUUAGUCAUUAAUUAAAUUAAAUUUAAUACAAAUUUCUAUGAUUACAGAAAAGGAAAAGAUUAAAAUGUGGAAGGAUUGGAAGCAA